AUGAAGACACAAUUCGGCAAGCCCAUGAGAGAGCACUUUCUCUUCAACGGCUCCUGGGUCAACAUGAACCACGGCUCCUUCGGCGCCAUCCCCAAAUACGUCCGCGACUGCCUCCUCGAAAAGCAAGACCUUGUCGAAACCUCCCCAGACGCCUUCAUCCGCUACGACUACAGCAAACACCUCCUCGAAUCGCGCAAAGCCGUGGCGGACCUCGUCCACGCCCCGCUAGGAACCAUAGCCCUAAUUCCCAACGCAACAAGCGGUAUCGACACCAUCCUCCGCAACCUAGACUACACAGCGCGAGACCAUAUCCUAAGCUUCAGCACCGUCUACGGCGCCGCAGAGCGCACAAUGCUCCACCUCUCCGAAACAACAGGCCUAAACCUCACCCGCAUUCCCCUCUCCUACCCGCUCUCGGACUCCGAAAUCCUCUCCCGCUUCUACAACACCGUCUCGCAGAUCCGCGAAAAAGACGAAGAUAUCAAGGUAGCAGUCUUCGACACCAUAACCUUCGAGCCGGGCGUCCGCAUGCCCUUCGAAGCCCUCAUCGCCGCCUGCCGUGAACUAGGCAUCCUCUCCUGCGUCGACGGCGCGCACUGCGUCGGCCAGAUCCCCGUUAACCUGUCGGCCCUGAAACCGGACUUCUUCGUCAGCAAUCUCCAUAAAUGGCUCUUUGUCCCGCGCGGCUGUGCUGUUCUCUACGUUCCGUUCCGGAAUCAGCAUCUUAUGCGGACUACGUUCCCCACGAGCUGGGGGUAUAGGCCGAAGAAUGCGGAGUGUCGGGGUCAGUUCCGGCAGACGUUUGAGGAGCAAUCUGAGUUUGAGACGUUGUUUGAGAGCUUUGGGACCAUGGAUUAUAGUCCGUUUCUAUGUGUGGCUGAUGCGUUGAGGUUUCGGAGGAGGGUUUGUGGCGGGGAGGGGGAGAUCAUGCGGUAUAAUAGUGAGCUUGCUAAUAAAGGUGGGCGGGUUAUGGCGGGGAUUUUGGGGACGGGUAUUUUGGAUAAUGAGGAGGGGACGUUGACGAGGGGGUGUAGUAUGGUUAAUGUGCGGUUGCCGGUUGACUUGGGGGGCAAGCUGGGGGAGGUCGGGGAGUGGAUUGCGAAGGCGCUGGUUAGGAGGCAUAGGACUUACGUUCCGGUUUUUGUGCAUGCGGGGCAGCUUUGGGUGAGGGUGAGUGCGCAGGUGUAUCUUGAUGAAGGGGAUUUUGUGUUCCUGGGGGAGGCUUUGAAGGGGCUUUGUGAGGAGGUUGGUGGGGGGAUGCGUUCGAGCCGGGCUUCGAGGUUGUAA